AUGAUGGAGGGGAACGCUCGCUACGAACGAUUGAGAAGAAAAAGCCAAGCAGAAACACAACGAAGGCGCCAAGCAGGCAAAUCCGAUGUUAAAAAACUAGGUGAUCGUCCGAGUGCUGGCGAUGCUGGUGUGCCUCCAGCUAACUCUGAUGAUGAGUAUGAUAAAUAUGAUAUUUUUGGUUAUCCACCAAAAACGUUAGAUGAAACAACAUAUUUUUAUGUUGAUACAGUUGACAAGCUGAACAAUAUGAUGGAUCAUCAUGUUAAAGAACAACAAGAGUUAGCUGUCGGUUGUGAAAGACACAGUUAUCGUUCAUAUCAAGUCUUCACUUGUCUCUUACAAAUAUCAACGCGGUCGAACGAUUAUCUUGUGGAUGCAUUGGUGUUAAGAGAAGAAUUACACGUAUUAAAUACUAUAUUUGCCAAUCCAAAAACAUUAAAAGUAUUCCAUGCUGGUACAUCAGAUAUUGAAUGGCUACAAGAAUAUACAUUUUGA